UCAAUUGGUUGGUUCGCAUGACAUCCGAAAUGGAGACCAAUAUUGUGUCCGUCGAGCGAAUCAAUGAAUACUGUGAUAACCCAACAGAAGCCGAGUGGGAGAGCGAUGCCAACAAUAAGCCGCCCAAUGAGUGGCCCAAUAAUGGAUUGAUUGAGUUCGACAACUACUCGGUUCGAUACCGUCCCGGACUUGAUCUCGUUUUACGCGAUAUCAACACUAAAAUCGAGCCCUUGGAAAAGAUAGGAAUUGUCGGCCGAACCGGUGCUGGAAAGUCGUCGUUAACUCUGGGUUUGUUUCGAUUAUUAGAGGCGGCGAACGGAAAGAUUAUUAUCGACGGCAUUGAUAUCAGUAAAUUAGGACUUCACGACCUCCGGUCCAGACUUACUAUUAUACCACAGGAUCCGAUUUUAUUUUCGGGAACCAUUCGAACCAAUUUGGAUCCAUUUAAGAUUUAUACUGACGACCAAAUAUGGACCGCUUUAGAGCACUCGCAUCUCAAACAUCAUAUUAAAGGUCUGGACGCAGAGCUCGAACACAAAGUGACUGAAGGCGGAGAGAAUCUAUCGCUCGGACAAAGACAACUCAUAUGUUUAGCGCGAGCAUUGCUGCGAAAGAGUCGUAUCCUAGUUCUGGACGAAGCGACGGCUGCUGUGGAUCUCGAGACCGAUUCCUUAAUACAGACGACGAUUCGCAAGGAGUUUAAGGACUGCACUAUUCUGACGAUCGCUCACAGACUCAACACAAUCAUGGAUUCCAAUCGUGUUCAUGAGCUGUCAUCGGUGUAA